AUGCCAUUUGGUUUGAAGAAUGCAGGCUCAACGUAUCAACGGUUGGUGAAUCAGAUGUUCAAAGACCAACUUGGGAAGACAAUGGAAGUUUAUAUCGACGACAUGGUUGUCAAAAGUGCGGUGAAAACCCAACACCUAAGUCAUCUUCAGGAAACCUUCGACGUGUUGAGGCAAUAUCAGAUGAGGCUGAAGCCAACCAAAUGUGCUUUCGGUGUCUCAUCUGGUCAAUUUUUGGGGCACAUUGUGAAUAGGCAGGGCAUUGAACCAAACCUAGAGAAGGUGGAGGCGUUACGGAACAUGCCAAGCCCGAAGACUCCAAGAGAAGUGCAGGUGCUAACAGGGCGGAUAGCGGCAUUGAGUGGGUUCAUCUCACGUUUGUCCGACCGGUGCAAACCCUUCUUCCGGGCAAUCCAGAAUAGAAAAUAUGACGUUUGGGGUCCAGAGCAAGUGGAAGCUUUUGAUCAACUGAAACGAUACUUGACAAGUCCCCCAAUCCUAACUAUACCAAAGCCAGGAGAGAUGUUGUAUGUCUACCUUGCCAUAACUGAAGCUGCAGUAAGCGUAGCAUUGUUUCGGGAAGAGAACUACCUCCAACAACCUAUUUUCUAUGUCAGCAAGAGCUUGAUUGACGCUGAGAAGAGAUACACUCCAGCAGAGAAACUUGUCUUGGCAUCGGUAGUAACCAAGAGGAAACUCCGGCAAUAUUUUGAGGCUCAUACCAUUACAAUGCUCACGAAUCAGCCUAUUAAAGUAAUCUUGUCCAAGCUAGAUCUGUCGGGUAGAGUCACAAAAUGGACGAUCGAGUUAGGAGCGUUUGACAUCAGGUACCAACCGAGAACAUCUAAAAAAGGACAGGUAGUUGCUGAUUUUCUCGUCGAAUGUUAUCCCAUAGAAGGAAUGUAUGAGAAACAAAGGGAUACAAUAGGAGCAGGGUGCAAUAAGGAAACACUGUGGGAGUUAUAUGCAGACGGCUCAUCUAACCAGGCAGGGGCCAGGGUCGGGAUCGUUCUUUCUUUGCUGGAAGGAAUAGAGCUAGAAUACUCUAUCAGAUUGGAUUUCCCCACCUCAAACAAUGUUGCUGAAUAUGAAGCCUUGGUAUUGAGAUUGAAAAUUGCCGAACUUCUGAAGAUAAGUAAUUUGAAGGUGUACAGUAACUCCCAACUUAUAGUCAAUCAAGAAAAUGAGGGAUACGCGACUAAAGAUGAAAGGAUGGAGGCGUAUCAACAAAUAUCAAAGCGUUUGUCUCAACAAUUCAAGAAGUUCGAACAGAAGCAGAUUCUGAGAUAG